AAUCCUUUGUACGCUCUUAUCAGCAAUGGUCACAUGAAGGAGUCUAAUACUGGAAAUGCAACUCUUGGCGAUGUGGAAGUAGAGACUUUUAUUGGUUUCUGCGAAUAUGCGUAUACUGGUGCCUAUGUUACUCCUGACUGUACUCUAUCUCAAGAGGCUGAAGGUCGGCAUCUUGGUCCGUCGGUUGAUGAGGGCAAAGAGCCGAGUUUCAACCAUAUUACUUGCCUCGCACAAGAUGAACCCCUUGACGCCGCAGCAACUAUAGCGGAUGCCCCAGACCCUUGGGACCCUUGGAAUCCCCCUGUUGUUCGGAAGGAAGAUAAAAAGAAGAAAAAGAAGAAUUCACGGGAUUCAGAAGCCAAUGAUGGACCUCCUCUGGCCCAGAUUACUGUUAUUUAUCCAUAUAAGCGGCUCUGGGAAGAGUUUUGUUCUCUGAAAUUUUGGAGCGAUCCAGCAUCAUCCUCAUCGGACCCAGAUAUUCUGUUCCAUGCAAAACUAUAUGUUUUUGCAACAAAAUACCUUAUCAUACCCUUACGCAAACAGUGCCUCAAAUCUAUUCACCAAGACCUCUGUAACUUCUCACUGAACCGUGAGAGCACAUCCGUUAUUCUUGAAUUGCUGAAUUUCACCUACAUCUACACUGGGCGAGGUGAGCCUGGUGGAAAAUCACUACUUCGAGAUUUGGUCAUCCACUACGCCGCUUGUGAGGCGCGGACCCUCGCUGAUGAUGAGAACUUCGCGAUUCUUCUGGAUUCCAAUGGAGAGAUGGGUUCGGAUCUUGCAAUGAAACUAGUGAGGUAG